AUGGUACUUCCAUUGCAUUUCAACCAAACUGUGCUAAUGUUCUUUGCACCAUGGAUCUUAAACGCUUGCAAAGACAGUAACAAUAAUGCAAUCAAACCAAUCAAACCAAUCAAACCCAUCUCAAACUGCGCUUUCACUAUGUGCACAAUGGUCUUUUUAGUCUGUCCAGAUGGUACACCAGCUCCAGUUCCAGUUGGUGGAUGUUGUCCAAGUCUUUCAGCUUGCAAAAACACUGGUGUUGCAAGCCGAAGCAACCCAUUGGGCUCACUUGGCUCCCUUCUUUCUGGUAGCAACCUUUUACAAUCAUUGACCUCAGCUACACAUGGUACUGAUUUGGGAACAGUUUUAUCAAUCGUAAAUUUACUCAACAACGUUCAUCAAUUAUCAAAUGAUAUUCAUCAAAUUCCUCAUUUGAUCAACCAAACACUUGCCAGCAUCCUCAAUUCAACAGGUCAAGUUAGUCAAAUCGUUGUUGAUCAAUUAAUUGGUGCUGUUUCUGGAACAGCUCACCAAAGCCGUAACAACCUCUUGGGUGCCCUUGGUCAAAAUGCCGGUUUACUCUCAACCAUUAGUCACCUUUUACCACAAGGUACUUCAAUCUCCAGUAUUCUUUCCAUCCUCAGCUUGUUGAACAACGUUAACCAACUCAACAACGACAUUCACCAAAUUCCAGUUUUACUCAACCAAACUUUAACAACCCUUGUUGGUGGAGCUGGUCAAGCCACACAAAUCAUUGUCGAUCAAUUGAUUGGUCUCGUCACACCACAUGCUACCAACAGCCGUAACAACCUUUUGGGUGCCCUUGGUCAAAACGCCGGUUUACUCUCAACCAUUAGUCACCUUUUACCACAAGGUACUUCAAUCUCCAGCAUUCUUUCCAUCCUCAGCUUGUUGAACAACGUCAACCAACUUAACAAUGACAUUCACCAAAUUCCAGUUUUACUCAACCAAACUUUAACAACCCUUGUUGGUGGAGCUGGUCAAGCCACACAAAUCAUUGUCGAUCAAUUGAUCGGUCUCGUCACACCACAUGUUCAACCAACAAGCCGCAAUAACAUUUUGGGCGCUCUUGUUCUUUCCUUGUUGAAUUUAUUGAACAAUGUCAAUGCUCUCAACACUGAUCUUCAUCAAAUUCCAGCUGUCCUUCAAGAAACACUUCAAAAUAUUCUUAAUGUGUGUCAUCGUAUUGGACGAACACUAAUAUGUAUUUCAGCCAAUGACGAAAUUGUCCUUUUGUGUGUCUGUCAUUGUUGUUGCUACGAGAUGCCUUCGGACGUCGUUAUCGACGGUGCUCGUUGUCUCGAACGAAUUCGAAGACUUUAUUCAAUAUGGCGGAACAACGAAGGGGAUGACGCUGCAGCCAGUGACAAUGAUGCAUUACAUUCAGCUGAUGCUAUUGUAAUUAUACGAGGACAGAAAGAAGAUGAUUUUGCGUACAGUAAAAGUGCUGCUAUGCAGACAUGGUUAUUCGGUUAUGAAAUGCAUGACGUUCUCGUUGUCUUUUGUCAGGAUGCAGUGAUUAUCUUUGCAGGUUCGAAGAAAAUUAAUUAUCUUAAGCAAAUCGAAAGUGAACACAAUAACAAAGAAAAUGCGCCACGAAACUUUAAUUUCAUAACCCGUAAAGAUAAUGAUGAGAAAAAUUUCGAUGAAAUCAUCGAACAAAUCAAGCAGAGCCAUCAAGGAAAAACCUUAGGCAUCUUUUCUAAAGACAAAAUGGAAGGUCCAUUCUGUGAGCAAUGGGAAAAUUGUCUAAGCCAGCAUUCAUUUACAAGAGUGGAUAUUAGCAGUUCGAUUGGUUAUUUACUUGCUGUGAAAGAUAAUGAAGAACUUGGUUUAAUUCGUAAAGCAUGCGAAAUAACUGGUAAACUUUACAGUAAACAUUUGAAGGAUCAAAUUAUCAAUAUCGUCGAUUCGGAACGAAAAGUCAAACAUUCAAAAUUAUCCGAAGGUCUUGAAUCCGCAUUGAGCGAUGAAAAAUAUGUGUCAAGUAAUGACGCCAAUUACGUAGAAAUGUGUUAUCCAGCUAUUGUACAAAGUGGAGGCAAUUACAACUUGAAAUUCAGUGCUUCUGUAGAUAAAAAUCCACUUCAUUAUGGCGGCUCAUCAAUCGUGUGCGCAUUUGGUACUCGGUAUAAAUCGUACUGUUCGAAUCUUGUUCGCACAUUGUUGGUGAAUCCAUCGGAACAGAUGAAAAAAACAUACAGUUUUCUCUUGGAAUGCGAAGAACUGAUUAUACGAGAGUUAAAAGAUGAUGUUCCAUUAUGCGAUGUGUAUAAAACAGUUCGUGAAAAAGUUGAAAAAGAACAGCCCGACCUGGUGAAUAAGAUGACCAGCAACUUAGGAACGGCGUUGGGCAUUGAAUUUCGUGAAAGUACCAUUGCAAUUACUAGUAAAUGCACAGCACGAGCUAAGAAGGGGAUGACAUUUCAAGUUAGUAUUGGCUUUUCUGCUUUGGAUAAUAUCGAUGGUAAAGAUGAACAAUCGAAAAUCUACGCCUUGUUCAUUGGUGAUACAGUUGUUGUCAAUGAAAAUGAACCAUGCAGUAUAUUAACAUCAUCGAAGAAAGAUAUCAAUCAUAUUGCAAUUAUAUUAAAAGAUGAUGGAACACAAGAUGGUGAUGUUGAUGAAACACCACCGAUAGUUCCACGACGUGCAGCUGCGGAAAAGAAUCGAACUGAUCCCAAUGUACCGGAAGAGUCGCGUCAAGAAUAUCAAAAGAUGCUAUUACGUCGAUUGAACGAACGCGCCGAAGUCCGUUUAACAUCUCAAGGCGAUAAAGUCUCCUCAGAGAAAGCUCGAAAAGUAAAUAAUUCAUACAAGUCCGAAGGUCAAUUACCACAAGAUCCGGAUAUUCAAGAUUUAAAACUUUAUAUGGACAAACGAUAUGAAACACUUAUUUUACCUAUAAACGGCACACCGACACCAUUCCAUAUUUCUACCAUAAAAAAUGUGUCAUUGGCUGUUGAAGGCGAAUAUAUCUAUCUUCGUAUAAACUUUUUUCAUCCCGGCGGUAUUGGUAAACAAGCUGAUACUAUCGACAAAGAAAAUGUUUAUAUCAAAGAAUUAACAUAUCGGGCAUCGAAUGAAAAGAAAGAUGAUGUAGUACCAGCAUCGAAUAAUCUCUCACAUGUCCAUAAACUAAUUCUCGAAAUACAGAAAAAAUACAAAGACCAAGAAUUAGAACGAAAACAAAUGGAAGGUGUGGUAAAACAAGAUGCCUUAGCACUCAAUCCAAGUAAAACCAAUCCAAAAUUAAAAGAUCUUUUCAUUCGACCGAGUUUGGCUAAUAAGAAAAUCAAUGGUACACUCGAAGCACAUACGAACGGUUUUCGUUACACAUCGGUUCGAGGAGAUAAGAUCGAUAUCCUUUAUUCCAACGUUGCACAUGCAUUUUAUCAACCAUGCGAUAAUGAAAUGAUUGUCCUUAUUCAUUUUCACUUGAAACAUGCGAUUGUCUUCGGAAAACGUAAGCAAACUGAUGUGCAAUUCUAUACUGAAGUCGGAGAAUUGACAACGGAUCUUGGUAAACAUCGAAAUAUGCACGAUAAAGAUGAUAUUCUUGCUGAACAGGCUGAACGUGACUUACGUAAUAAAUUAAAAGGAGCUUUUCAAAGUUUUAUUGAUAAAGUAACUCAACAGAAGAAUUUUCCCUUUGAAUUUGAAAUACCAUUUCGACCACUGGGUUUUCAUGGUACACCUCAUCGAUCGAUGGUUUUAAUUUUACCGACAACCUCGUGCGUUGUGCAAUUAACCGAAUGGCCUCCAUUUGUUGUGGUUCUCGACGAAGUUGAGCUCGUUCAUUUCGAACGUGUACACUUUCAAUUGAAAAACUUCGAUAUGGUCUUUAUUAUGAAAGAUUACACGAAAAAAACACAGGCUAUCCAAGCAAUACCCAUGGCUGAACUUGAUCCGAUUAAGAACUGGCUAAAUUCAUGCGACAUUUGCUAUACUGAAGGUCCACAAUCGUUGAACUGGGCAAAGAUCAUGAAAACAAUUACGGAUGAUCUGAGCGGAUUUUUUGCUCAGGGCGGUUGGACAUUCUUGGAAUCUGAUUCCAGCACUGAAGGUGGAGGUGGUCAUGAUGAGGAUUCCGAUGUCGAAGAAGAUGAUUACGAUCCUGAUGAAGACGACAGCGAAGAAGAAGGUUCAGAAAGUGAAUAUUCAGGCGAAGAAGACGAUGAUGAAGACUUCGCAGAAGAUGACAGUGAUUCAAAUGAAUCGGAUAACUUGGGAAGUGAUGAAGAAUCAGGUAAAAGCUGGAGUGAACUCGAAGAAGAGGCACGAAAAGCUGAUGCCGAAAAGCUUGAGUAUGAUUCCGACAACGGCGGUCGAAAUAAGAAGAAAGGUGCAAGUGCAUCAAAGAAACGUUCUCCAGUACAAUCGAAAAAGAGACCUGCACAUUCACCACCGCCAACCAAUAGCAAAAAGAAAAAAAGAUAA